CCAGUUUCCUAUAUCCCCGACUCCUACGUCCUUAAACUUCUAUCUCCCCAAAACUCCUAUAUACCUAAAUCGCUAUACUCCUCUAUGUCCAUAAAUCUCCACAUUCCUACAUUUCAUUUUAUCGAAGAUGAAAAAAGUGCCGAGUGGGGAAACGAGAAACGAGGUUGAAGACUAGGUGGGAAGGUAGGUCGUGUGCAGGAUCUCCUAGUGCGAUCGCUAGUCAAUGUCUUUGCGGUCUGUCGGCCAGGUAGACCCUGCAAACCCGAGAAAACCGGGCCGCCAAGAGGUAUUUUUAAAACUGCGACUCUACGAACCGCCACUAUCUUCGGAUUGUAAAAGAUAAAAAUUCGUUCCGUUGGUUGCAUCCAUCACCGAGUUCUCGCGUACGGUAACAUUCGAUUAUUUUUUUCGAAUAAUAAAGAAACGGUUUAUUGUUUAAUCGACGUACGUUGAUUUCGAUGAUUUGAAGGCGAGCCAGGUAUUCGUUGUUCGGAUGUCUCGUUACAAUACUCGGCCCUACAGGCUAUUCAACUUACACGAUUUCUGAUCGAUGUGACGUAUUCAUGAACGAUCGGAUAUUAAUGAUAUAGGGCGUACUUUAAGUACGUGUACACAUUUUAAAUUGUUAAUAUUAAAUGUAUAAGUAAUAAAUUUAUAUGAUAUAUAAAUGUUUAUAAGUACAAUAUGUACACGUGUAUAUGAUCUGUUGGAACACUCUGUACAUAUAGUAACAUACUGCAUAUGGUUAUUUUCAUCAUGGAAGGUGCAACAUUCAAUGCCACGUUGGUACCAUAGGUAACUGAUGGUAUCGAGUAGCUAAAUCAACAUAAAAUUAAAUAAUUGCAAUUGUAACACAUCUUACAUGUGGCAAGUUUACCAUGAAGAAUACUUAUACUUAAUUUACCACAUGGCUACCAUUAAUUUUCCAUAUCUAGUUUACUGAUUUACUAGUUCACUAGUUUAUUAAUUUAUUAGUUCAUAACUACCUCACCACUUAGUUCAUAGCUACCUUGCCACUUUAUUAGUUCAUAACUUACUAAUUUAUCAGUACAUAAUUAGUCCACGACAACUACAAGUCUAUUCCCUCCAUUUACAAUGAUCCGAAUUGACAAUCGCAAGCGAUGAAAACGAUGGAGUCAACCAAGCGAGUAACCACAGAAUCCCAUAAAAGAAAACGUGGUCUAGAAACGGUCUCCGACCUUCUGAAAGUCACUCCCGAUUUUCCAUCCCCUCUCCCGCGAGAGUUUAAUUUUAAUUCCAGCCAUUAGCGAACCAAGGGGACAUCCGGUUCACGGCUCCCUUAAGGUACACGAGAACCGAAUGGAAUCUGGUGCGAUCGUACGGGAAAGAAGAAAAUAGAAGAAAAGCGAAGAGGAAAACAGGGAGACGCGUGGUCCUGUGGGGUGCGAAGUAGAGGGGCGUCUUCGGGGUUUGGCGGUAGUGACAAUGCCAGUUCCUCGCGGGCGAGUUUCGAGUUAGACGAGCUGCCAGCCCUGGCUCAUCGUGUAGUGCCUAGUGAAACGAGAUGACGGGCUCGCGGCUGAGACCCGCGUACUUCGUGGGCCUCUUCCUGGCCCUUCUAGUCGUCGCCUUACAGGGAGUGCAAAGCGAAGAUGAGCUAGAGGUGCCGCCGGAGGAUUUAUGUCGACCGUACAUUGAGAAGGCAUUGAAGGACCUCGGUACAGGAUCUUUGGAGCAGACCAGUGCCGAGGCGGGGACCGAUGCCGAUAAACAGAGUCAAGAAGGAGAAGAGGACGAUGACGGACAAGCAGCGAGCGAGGAAGAUGGCGAGCCAGAAACCGAUGUUUCGAAAGAGGAUUUGGCAACGGAGGAAGAUAAACAGGAGUCUGUAGAGGCUGAAGCUGCGGAGAGUACGGAACAAGCUGAAGAGGAGUCUGCCAAUGCGUCCGCGGAGGCUGAAGAUGGAGGAGAACAAAGUGCCGAGGCAGAUGAAACCGAAGAAGGUGAGACUGACAAAACAGAAGAGCAGUCUGCGGAAGCAGACCAAGGAACAGAGGAGGAGAAGGAGGAAUCUGCGGAGAACGUAGAAGAGGGUGCUGCAGACUCGGAACAAGAAGAAGCCGAGGAGGAUAAGUCUGGCGAAGAAGCGCAGGAGGACGAAGGAAAAUCCGACGAAGAAACGCAGGCCGACGAAGGAAAAUCCGACGAAGAAGCGCAGACCGAGGAAGUGAAAUCCGAGGAGGAAGCGCAAACUGACGAUGGAAAAUCCGACGAAGCAGAGGCCGAUGAACAAUCGGUCGAAGAAGCGAAACCCGACGAGGAUCAGUCCGAAGAAGCUCAGGCCGAGGAGGUGAAGUCCGAGGAAGAAGAGAAAGCCGAGGAAGAGGCUGACUCGAAAGCCGAAGAGACGGAAGAAGUAACGGAUGCCGAGUCCAAAGAAGAAAAGGACGAGGACGCGCAAUCCCAGGAACAGGAAGAAGAAGGGAAAGAGAGUGCUGAAGGUCAAGAGGAGAGUGCCGAGGGCCAAGUAGAUGAAGAAGCGAAGGAGAGCGAAGAAGCUAAGGAGGAGUCUGAAGAUGCCGCGGAAGAUAUGACCGAAGAAGAAAAGGAGGCUGAAGAAGAAGGCAAAUCAGCGGAAGCAGAAGAAGGUAAAUCAGCCGAAGAGGAAGGUAAGUCCGCGGAAGAGGAAGAGAAAUCCGCGGAAGAAGCGAAGUCGGAUGACGAGGAAGCUGAUGAGAAACCGAAAUCUCGUGCCAGACGAGAAGUAGGCGAAGAACCAGGAGAGGACGGUGAAAGCGAGGAAGAAACAGCCGAGGACGAGGAACAAGAACCUACACCCGAGGAAGACCUGAUCCAAGAAAUUGUGGUACCGGAGAACUUACGACCAAGGGAACACAUAAAUCAACUGCUGAAGUUGGAUGAAGAAAAUGAGGAUAAGGAACGAGCUAUCGAAAAGUUAGCGGAUAUUAUUCUCAAGGACUUGAAGAAGGUAUACGACAAUGCCAUACAGCCUUUGGAAUCUUUAUACAAAUACAGGGACUUGAGUAACAGACACUUUGGUGAUCCAGAGAUCUUCUCCAAACCGCUGAUACUAUUUAUGGGUCCCUGGAGCGGCGGUAAAUCUUCCAUCAUCAAUUACUUGCUCGACAUAGAAUACAGACAGACAUCGUUAAGGACAGGUGGUUUGAGAGAGUGCUUAGAGGAGCAAUGCAAAACGGCAAAUGGAAAUGACACAGGAGCCGAGCCAUCUCCGGCCUACUUCAAUAUUCUAAUGCACGGCGAGGAAGAAGAGAUCCUUGAUGGCACCCAGCUUGCAGCUGACUGGACAUUCUCAGGACUGCAAAAGUUCGGGCAGGGUUUGCUCGAUCGUCUGAAGGGUUUACGGCUCGACAACAAGCUGCUGGAAAAAGUAAAUAUCGUCGAGAUACCAGGAAUCCUAGAAAUUCGAAAGCAAGUCCAACGUUUGUUCCCGUUCAACGACGCGUGUCAAUGGUUCAUCGACCGUGCGGACAUAAUAUUUUUAGUCUACGAUCCAUCGAAAUUGGAUGUCGGACCAGAAACAGAGGCGAUCCUUGACCAACUGAAAGGAAGGGAACAUCAGACGCGCAUCAUUCUUAACAAAGCUGAUCAAGUAAAACCAGAGGAACUGAUGAGAGUGCAAGGCGCUCUAAUCUGGAAUAUAUCGCCGCUGAUGUCCAGCGCUGAACCACCGAUAAUGUACUCCACGUCGUUGUGGUCGUUGCCAUACGAGGCUGGUGCGCCUACCAGAUUAUUGUACGCUCAGGAACGUGCAUUCCUCCGAGAUUUGCGAACUGCCAUCGACAAGAGAGUUGAGCACAAGAUAGCGAGCGCCAGAAGAUUCGCUGUACGAGUGCGCAAUCAUGCUAAAAUGGUAGACUGCUAUCUAACCACGUAUUACAAUCACAAAACAUUCUUCGCAAACAAGAAGGAGAUCAGCGACAAGAUCGUUGAGAAUCCUCAAGAUUACCAUAUCUACGAGGGACUGAGUACUCUGAAAAACAUAUCACGUUACGAUCUGCCUGAUCCGGACGUUUAUCGAGACUUCUUCCGACUGAAUCCUCUUUACGAUUUCCCUCUAUUGAGUUCCACGUGCACAUACUUCCGUGGAUGUCCGAUCAACAGACUAGACGUGGCGAUUGCCUACGAUCUGCCAGAGCUCGUGGGUAAAUACAAGAAGUCCGUGGAACAAGUCAUCCAUGAGUACGAAACUCCUUCUAGUUGAGUACAAUUGAACGUUCUGAAACAGAGCUCUUGAUAUCUGAUACACCGAGGUGUGCAGUGAGAGCAAAUUGUAUGAGAUAAGAAAAGAAAGAGAGCGACAAGGAAACAAACGUUUAUACUAUUAAGUUUAAGUACUCGAGGCGGUACAGAGAAUGUUGUUUAUUGUUUCUCUCUCUCAACUGUAAAACAGCAAAAAAGUAGGAUUGGAUUGCCCUUAGGUGAACAGAAAAGCCAACUGGCUCCUAAGACAAUGCAAAAGAAUAAAGUAACACCUUUAAACAGAGCUCUCCUGAAAUACAAACUUGCGCGAAUAUAUUUAGACCAGACGGGCGAACAGAAGAGACGAAGCUGGUUGGUUCUUCCAUAGGUAAGCAACAAUGAAUAUUGGUGACACUACGAAACAAACUAUUUGAUCAUCGUAAUGCUUAACAUACUUUUAAGUGUAUCGGUGGAUUGGAAUGUCAAAGGUUUUUCAAGAUAAUACUUGUGUUUGGAGGACAGUACGAGUGUUACCAUUCCAAUCUAAAUAAAAUAGAAAAAAAUUAAAAAAAAAUAUGGAUAGUGAGUCUCUUUUGAAUGUGUUCGAAUGCAGCUUUGGAUCAGACACGUUUGGAAAAAGCAUCACGAUAAUAGUGGGGUCCUAUGAUUUGAUACAUCAAAUCUUGCAAAUAAAGUGAACUCGCGCGACAAACUUUGUCGAACCUUAGUGUAAUGGUUGUGCCAGCUAUUAUACAACAGCGUGACUUCAACUGUCAGAAGACCAGACAACUGAAGCAGUAAUUACAUAUUAUUAAGUAUGUAAAAUGUAUAAAAAUAUUUCCAUUGAGAAAGAGACAAAUGAUCUCUUUUUUGAGGCUUUUUGUGAAAUACCUUGUAUAAACAAAUUGUGUUCUUAUUAAAAGUUACAAAACGUUUAUUAAAAAAAAAACAAGAAAAAAUUAUUAGUUUCUCGAUAACAUUUUCCCACAUUGAAGCAUAAGCUAUAUUUUUAAUGUAAAUGAAUAUAUUGUUUGUUUUAGUAAAAAAAGAAAAAAGAAAGUUGAUUUCUAAUGUACCUCGUGUAAAUUAAAUACUUCUUACACAAUAUUUGUUGGUUUGCAUUGUAUUAUUAAUGUUCACACGUGUGAUUGGUUCUUGCAAAUAUGCAGAUUGUUAGCAUUGUUAUGUUGCAGUUAUUAUUACUCUCGUUUAAAUUAUACAAAAUUAUGUUAAUUACAUCUAUCACGUUAAGUGAACAUGUUGAUUACAUUUAAUUUAUGUACUUAAGUUAAGUAGACUUAAUUUAUGUAUUUUUCAAACAGGAAUAUACGUUAUGAUUGCCAUCUGUGUGAACAUGACAUCUUGAUCCUAAAGACUACUCACAUAAUAACAGUUAAAAAUAUAAUAAACAUUUAGAUAAAAUGAAUAGUUUACUUAAUAUCUUCAAGAUAAUAUAAGAAUAAUCUAAGUUUCCACAAAAGUACAUAAAUUAAUCGAGUUAAAAGAC